AUGGAAUUAUCAAAAAUGAAUUCUAAAGAAAAUAAUAGAAAUUUAUGGAAAGAUGUUGAUUAUGAUGAAUAUCAGUGUCAUGUUACAAUUUCUACUAUUGGUUCAACUACUGAAUCAGCAGAAGAGAUAGAUGAUAUAAUAGUUUAUAUGGAAGAUUUAGAAAAAAGAAAACAAGCAUAUGGAAUAUGUGGAGAAUGUAAUGAACCUGGCACAGGAGAAGAUUGGUGUCAACCUUGUAAUGCUAAAAGAUUUAAGAAUAACUUUAAAAAUUGGACUAGUGGAAAUAAAGAUAUUGAUGAAUUUAUACAACAAUCACAACUUAAUACUGUGCAUUAUACAAAAUAUAUUGAAUGGAUACCUUUUGAAAAUUUUAAAGAUAUUACUUAUAUUACUAGAGGUGGAUUUGGUAAAAUCCAUUCAGCUGAAUGGCCUGAAGGAUAUAUUUAUUCUUGGGAUAUUGAAAAUCAAAAAUGGGAUAGGAUUAGCAAAAAAGUUGCAUUAAAAAGUUUGGAUAAUUCAUCUUGUAUAAGUACAGAAUUUUUAAAUGAGAUUAAAACUCAUCUUCAGAUUUAUCUUUGUGAUGUUAUUCAAUGUUAUGGAAUAACUCAAGAUCCAAAUACCAAAGAUUAUAUGAUGAUUUUAGAAUAUUGUAAAGAUGGAAAUUUAAGAAAUUACUAUCUCAAUAAUGAAUCAGAUUAUUAUUCAAAAAUUAGUAAAUUACACCAAAUUACAAGAGGACUUCUAGAUAUUCAUAAUUCUGGAAAAGUUCAUAAAGAUUUUCAUUCAGGGAAUAUAUUACAUAGUUAUCGUCCACUUAUAAGUGAUUUAGGAAUGUGCCAACCAGCAAAUAAUGAAAAGCAAUCAGUUAAACAAGAAGGAAUUUAUGGAGUAUUACCUUAUAUGGCACCAGAAGUUUUACGUGGAUAUCAAUAUACAAAAACAUCUGAUAUUUAUUCAUUUGGAAUAAUGAUGAAUGAAUUUAUAUCUGAAGAAACUCCUUAUAAUAAUAUUCCUCAUAAUCAUGCUUUAUCUAUUAAAAUAUAUUUGAUUACUAAAUGUUGGGAUGCUAAAGCAGAAAAUAGACCAACUGCUAAAGAAUUGUAUCAAACAUUAUAUAAAUGUGGUAAUGAAGAAUUUGAUGAUAUUGAUACUGAAUCUCAAGUAGAUAAAGAUAGUGAUGCCAAACCUCAAGUAGAGGAAUAUAAUGAUAAGAUCAAAUUAAACAGAACAAGUGAAAAAAGAGCUAACAACAUUCAAACACAUCCACAAGCAAUUUAUACUAGUAGACUUUUAAAUUUCAAAAAUCUCCCAGAACCAGUAAAUUCAGGUUCAGAAUGUUUUGAUUGUCAAUUAGACGAAUUAGAUCUUAAUGAAAGUGAUCAAGAAGAAGAAAAUAAUACUGAAUGA